AUGUCGACUAGCAAAUAUCAACUGUCCAUGCAAAAAGAUUUGAAGCUCUCCGAGAUUCCCUCGGAGGAGGCUAUUGUUCAAGCCGCUCACGACAUCAUCGAUUCUAUCACCUCAUGGAAGGCUGGAAAGACCUUUCACAAAGUUGUUCGCACUUACUCGAAGCCGAAAGGCCCAGGCGACGGAGCUCCAUGGCACGCACGUAUCAGUGAGCACAGUGCGGAGGAUGCGACGUUUGACGAGUUCUGGAGCAAGCUUGGUGAUGAUCAUGCUUCGAAUGAGAAAGAGUACAUCAAGGAAGUGAAGAAGGCUACAUCGGUGAAGAAGAUAUCUCCGUCGAUGCAAGUGUGGACGAUGUAUUACGAGUUUCCUCCACCCGUAUCUCCUCGAAUCUUCACCGUCGUUCAAGUCGCUCAUCUAGAGCAACGCGAAGGCUCUCCAAGACAGGGACUUUUCAUACAGCUUCCCGUGGACCUAUCCGAUGAUCCUGAACUCUUAAAACUAGAGGAGAAGGGGACGAGAGGCCAUUAUACCAGCGUAGAGAGCAUAAAGGAAUUGGAAGACGGUCGUGUAGAGUGGCGCAUGGCGACUUCGAGCACCCCGGGUGGUCGCAUCCCCAACUUCAUCGUUGAGAGCACCAUGGCCGGUCAGAUCGCUGCAGAUGUCCCUCACUUCUUGCACUGGUACCACAGCAUCAGACCCAAGACCACCGCUACGACGGGCGAUGCGCCAGUUACGACAGAAACUGGUGUUCCCUCAGCCAAUGAAGAGGUAGUAAAUCAAGCCGAAGUUGAUGGACCGAUGCCUAUAGCGCCUAUGCCUGGGGUACCUACUACUGGUGUACCAGUCACCGGCGCUGGUGGAUUGCCAGCGAUGUAA